AAAAAAGGCAGUGCGGUUAUAUAUUGACGCAUUAAGUAUUGGUAGCCGAUAACUUCUCAUCAAUAGUGACCACGUAAUAUAGUCCAGAGCUUCUAGAAUGGUACUGCACAGCGAUUACCCUGAAUUAGUUAUACCCAAAGUUAGUGUGUUUGAUUACGUUGUACAGCAUGCAAGGGAACACGAGGACAAAACUGCACUAAUUGAAGGCUCUACUGGUCAAAGUUUCACUUUCAACCAAGUAUGCGACCUGUCAAUCAAGUUUGCUUCUGUGUUGAAUAAGAGAGGUUUAAGAAGGCAAGAAGUUGUUGCAGUUUGUUGUUCAAACUGUAUUGAAUAUCCCAUACUGGUGCUUGGUGCUGCUGCUAAUAAUGCAAUCUCUACCACAUGCAACCCACAUUAUACUUACCAUGAAAUGUUGAAGCAAUUCCAACACUGUCAACCAAAGUUUGUUAUAACUGAUGCUGAUCAAGUUGAAAAAGUUAAACAAAUUGCUGAUCAAGUUAAAUCUAUUCAGGAAAUCUUUACUGUUGGAAAAGUAAAUGCUUUGGUUGCUGAAGAUGAUGGCAAAGGUUUUCCAUUUGGUACACAAAUUAAUCUUACUGAGGAUAUUGCAUUCUUAUGGUACUCAAGUGGUACAACCGGUAUUCCUAAAGGUGUAAUACACACGCAUUACAGUUUUGUAGCUCUUCUGACUUUGCUUCGUGGUCUUGGAAAACCUCCCCCCAACACUAUCACAUACAGUGUGCUACCAAUGUUUCAUGCCUAUGGUGCAUUAAGAUUGUUCUCUAACUUGAAAGGUUCCAACCAUGUUAUUGAUAAAAGAUUCCACAUGGAAACCUUCCUCAAAGCAGUGGAGAAAUACAAGAUUUCAUCAUUUUCAGCAGUUCCACCUAUCCUUAUUGCUAUCAAGAAUUACCCGCACCUUAAUAAAUACGACUUAUCCAGUCUUACAGCAAUAGGAUCUGGUGCUGCACCAUUAUCACCAAGUGUUAAUGUAUCUGUAAUGCAGAAAAUGCAAGCUCUUGUGGUUCAAGGUUGGGGGCUGACUGAAAUAGUUUGUAUAGCUGCUCAUUUUAGUCCUGCUGCCCCGCUAACUACAGUUGGUUUUCUUCUUCCGAACACUAAAAUAAAGGUUGUCCACCCAGAAACAAGGAAGGAAUUGGGGGUGGGUGAGGAUGGUGAAUUGUUGGUGAAAGGUCCUCAUCUGAUGAAAGGAUAUUACAACGAUCCUGUUGCAAGUUCACUUGCAUUCAACCAUGAAGAAUGGUUUUGUACGGGAGAUAUUGGACAUUAUGAUCACGAUGGUUAUGUAUAUAUUGUGGACAGAAUGAAGGAACUUAUAAAAUAUAAAGGUUUUCAGGUACCCCCUGCCGAGCUAGAGAGCGUUAUCCUUUCCAACCCCAAAGUUGCCGAUGUUGGGGUAACGGGGAUUCCCGACCCUGAAGCAGGGGAAGUCCCUCGUGCUUAUGUUGUUCGUAAAGAUGGGACGUUGACUGAAGAGGAGUUAAACAACUUUGUUCAAAGCAGAGUAUCAAAAUACAAAUACUUAUACGGUGGAAUCAAAUUUGUGAACAGCAUUCCUAAGUCUCCAACAGGAAAAAUAUUAAGAAGGAAAUUACAUGAACAUGCUCUCAAAGAAUUGAAUAAAUUAUAAUAUUAUUAACUAUUGGAAUAAUGGGCCAACGCUGGCCUGAAUCUCAGGUCCCACACUGUAGGACUUCACUAAUAUAGAAAUGCAAUAUUAAUGAUAUUAAUUAUUGACCUUAAAUACUAUGCAUUUUACUAUGGUUUCUAAUUAUAUACAAUAUAAUUUUUGCAAUAUCACUAUGGUUGCAAAAAAGUUGAUAACCUCGUUUAAAAAAAUAAAAUUGUUGCAAAGGUUUAUAAAUCUGAAAUUUAUCGUUAUUGGUUAAAAACUGAAUAAAUCAUUUCAUUAUUUUA